AAUAAAAAUGGCAAAUAGACCUAAAUCGCCAGUUGGUACUCCAAAAUCCGACAAAGAUGCUUCUUUUUGGGACAAAAUAGGCACUUUAGGACGUAAAAAGAACAUCAAACGAAUUCAAGAAGUCGAAGAAGAAGGCAAAUAUGCGAUUGAUUCGCCCGGCGUCUUGCAAAGCAUCGAAAUCCCGCCAGAAGAUUACAAUUUGAAGGAUAACGAAUCGCGUUCGAUUAUUCAGCCCGCAAGUACGAUUCAACCGAAUUUCCGGGAAUUGUUGAAAGUUUUAAUUACGUGGAUCAACGAUGAGCUUGUCGAAGAGCGAAUUAUCGUCACAAAUAUCGAGGAGGAUUUGUACGAUGGACAAGUUUUGCAAAAAUUGUGGGAAAAAUUGACGGGACAAAAGUUGAAUGUGCCCGAAGUCACGCAAUCGGCAGAAGGGCAACGACAAAAACUGCAAAUUGUGUUGAAUGCCGUGAAUCAUGCUCUCGGAUUUCAUCAUGAAACGCCCAAAUGGACUGUUGAAAGUAUCCAUUCGAAGAAUGUUUUGGCCAUUUUGCAUCUUUUGGUGACACUUGCGAGACAUUUUAGAGCUCCCAUUCGUCUUCCGGAAAAUGUCACCGUUACAGUUGUUGUCGUCUCAAAAGCCAAUGGAAAAUUAUCCGCAGACAAAUACGAGGAACAAGUAACAUCCCAAUAUGACGAUCUCGGUAUGCGAUGCGAGCGUGACGCCUUCGACACUCUCUUCGAUCAUGCCCCGGAAAAACUUGCCGUUGUCAAAAAGUCUCUCGUCACUUUCGUGAACAAACAUCUCAACAAACUCAACUUUGAAGUUGCCGAUUUGGGUUCUGACUUCAAAGAUGGCGUUUAUUUGUGUCUUCUGAUGGGACUUUUGGGAGGAUUUUUUGUUCCGUUGUACGAAUUUCAUCUGACGCCAAAGGAUCUCGAACAAAUGGUUCAUAAUGUGGCAUUUUCCUUUGAACUGAUGCAGGAUUGUGGCUUACCGAAACCCAAAGCGCGUCCCGAGGACAUCGUGAACAUGGAUUUGAAGUCGACUCUGCGUGUUUUGUACAAUCUAUUCACGAAAUACAGAAAUUUGGCUUAAAUUUUACUAAUUUUGGAUGAUACUUACACGGAAUUUUAACAACAACGACUACUUAUUUGGAGUUUUCUUGUACUUUUAACACGAAAUAAUCCAUUUUUUUGCUAAAAGUGCCUGAUAUAUGAUAGUUAAGUGCCAAUUUUUGUCUCUUUUUGAACUACUGAUAAGCAGAAAAUGCCUUUAACAAUUAAUUUUUAGUAUUUUUAUGUAACAAACGCCUUAUUUUACUCUAAUUAUUAACAAUUUUAACGAAAAUUUGUGACAAAAUGUUAAUUAAUGAACAAAUAAAAU